AUUACUUUGUUUUUCUACUAGUCUGAUUGUAUUACACGGAGAAAAAAGGUAGAGUUCGAGUGGGAUUUGUAAGAAAAUAGGUGAAUUUUGAGUGUGAUAUAGUAUUAGCUGCGUUCUCGCGGAUAGACAUGAAAACUUUGAAGUACAAUCUUAUUGCAUCUUCAAACCUAACAUCGAAAAAGUCCGUUAGUUCCUACUCGAAGAGAUAGAUAUAAUUAAAGAUCUCACUUUUCAGGAAGACUCAUUCAACUGAAUAUUAUAUUUGAGUAUAUAGAUACGAGAUAAGUUGAAAAAUCUUGUCGUUUUUUUCUUAUUAUAGAAUCAAUUUCGACACAAAUAACAACAACAACAGCAACUACAACAACAACAGCCACAACAACAACAACAACAACAACAGCAACUACAGCCACAACAACAACAACAACUACAACAACAACAACUACAACCACUUCAACUACAACCACUUCAACUACAACAACUGCCGUUCUACAAAAUCCAGCAAAUAAUAUUCAGUGGUUAUUUGAUGGAAAUUUAAAUGACGUUUAUGGAAAUUAUAAUGGUCAAUUAGUUAAUACACCAAAUGUUACAUGGAUGUCACCAGGUUAUGCUGGUUAUGGAAGUGCAAUUCGUUUUACAGCAAAUAGUUAUAUGAUUAUAAAUCGAGAUCUUAAUCUAAGUUCGGUAAGAUUGACCGUAUCAGCAUGGAUAUGGUUACCAAAUACACUUCCAUCAAAUGUUUAUUUUCCAUUAUUUAUUUAUUGUCCAGCUCCUUCUGCAGAUAUGUGUUUACAAAUGAUUAUACAGAACACAACAUUUCUUGGUUAUUAUGGUGAUGAUUUAACAGGAAGUAGAGUAUUGAAAUUUAAUCAAUGGUAUCAUGUUGCUUUCAUUCAUGAUCCUCUUUUAUUCAAACAAUCUGUUUAUUUAAAUGGAAUUCUUAAUGGAAUUCGAGUUCCUAAUUCUCCAUUUCAU